UGGCUGACUGCGUUAUGUGGCUGGAUUGGGGGGUGGGAAGACUUUGGUGGGGUAUUUCCAAGCCUUGAUAUUCUGUAACUUUCACUUCCUAGUUUUUGUGCUUCGAGAAGGUUCAAAGGAUCAGGAUCUAGUUUCCUCUGUCUCAUCAACUUAGAACCUGUGAAGAGCCCGGAGCGUCGCCAGUUGCGGAGCAGAACUCAGCUAGGGGGAAAGAGGCACCAUGGAAGACGAAGACAGACGGGACCUGAUCUCCAACCAUGAGCAGCGGCCCGCUGAGGGCGUCACGGCCCCAGACUCUGGAGCACAGAGGAAUUACUGCAGCCGGGGAGCCGUUUAUUCUGCUGCCUCCAUCCUGGUGGCCCUGCUGAUCGCUGGCCAGGCUGUCACUGUCUACUUUGUGUAUCAGCAGAGUGGCCAGAUCAGCAAACUGACCAGGACCUCCCAGAAUCUGCAGCUGGAGUCCCUGAGCCGGAAACUCCCCCAAAGUGCCAAGCCCGUCUCCAAGCUGAGGAUGGCCAAGUUCAGCAUGCCCAUGGUCAUGCGGGAGCUGCCGCUCGCCCCGAAGGUGGACAUGACGCCCCUGGAGGACACAGCGAAGCUCAGCAAUAAAACAGAGGAUCAAGUCAAACACCUGCUGCUGCGGGCAGACCCUAGCAAGAUGUUUCCUGAGUUAAAGGAUAGCCUGAUGGAGAAUCUGAACCGCCUGAAGAACACCAUGACGGACCAGGACUGGCAGUCGUUUGAAUCCUGGAUGCACAAGUGGCUGCUGUUUGAAAUGGCCAAAAAACCCCAAACUCAGGAACCUGCCGAGAUACCAGCAAAUGAAGUGCAAUCUAAGUGCCAGGCGGAGUCCAGUUUUGGUGGUGUUCACCCGGGUCAGUUCCGCCCGCAGUGUGACGAGCAUGGCGACUACCUUCCCAAGCAGUGCCAUGCCAGCACUGGGUACUGUUGGUGCGUCUACAAAAACGGCACCAAGAUCGAAGGCACUGAGACCCGUGAAAAGCUGGACUGCCCUGCGACUCCGGGCGGUUUGGAUGCAGAGGAGCUGAUGUACUCGGGGGUGGAUCUGCUGAAGCUGGAUUCUGACAAAGAAGCCAAGUAGAAGAGGACUCACAGGCCCGGCGUCUUCUUUCUCCACCUCCAGCCUGCAGAGUCGCCAGGCGCCGCCUUGCUCUGUUUCACUCGUGCUUUGAUAUUGCUUCCCUGAAUUACGGCCACCGCGGCUAGUCAAGCGUUUGCUAUGCAUCGUCUUAGCGGGCGAUUCAAUUGGGUAGAUGAUAUACUUUUGUCUGCCUGACCCAGUGCCUCUCCCUAUGCUAAGAUGUGCUGCAGAAAGCCCGCUGAAUAUUAGGAGGAGUUUUGGUAGAGAAAGGAUGCAAAGGCCCUCCCCACACCAAAGGCAGACAAACUGUAUAAAAUUCUUAGUGCUUUCUCCACUAAUCAGAACACAGUAGUAGCUGCAUGUAAAACCACAGGGCUACGUCUAGACUGGCAUGAUUUUCCACAAAUGCUUUUAACAGAAAAGUUUUCCAUUAAAAGCAUUUGCGGAAAAGAGCGUCUAGAUUGGCACAGAUGCUUUUCCGCAAAAGCACUUUUUGCAGAAAAGCGUCUGUGCCAAUCUAGACGUGCUUUUCACGAUCAGAGCUUUUUUGCGCAAAACAAACCUGAGCUGUCUACACUGGCCCUUUUGCACAAAAGGGACUUUUGCCUGAACGGGAGCAGCAUAGUACUUCCACAAGAAGCACUGAUUUCAGACAGUAGGAAGUCAGUGUUCUUGCAGAAAUUCAAGUGGCCAGUGUAGACAGCUGGCACGUUUUUCCGCAAAAGCAGCUGAUUUUGCGGAAAAACUUGCCAGUCCAGAUGCAGCCCAGGUGUCUGAAUAGAGAUGGGGUUUGUUCAGUACCUGUAACAUAAGCAUUGUCCAAUGGGAAAAGGGGAUCCAAGCACAACAUAUGGACAACUAAUUGAAUUAUCUCCAUUUAGAUAUUCCGGACACAAUCCUUCCCCUUCCUCCCCCAUGGGGGUGUAACUCCAUUGACUUCAGUGGAAUUAUUUCUGAUUUACACCAGCAUACAGGAGGAGACUUGGGCCCUCUGUUUGCUUAUAAAUGGCUUCGAGGUUCUCAAAAGUAGUUCUCCAACCACGGUCUAUUGGACCAGCCAUCAGUGCACACUUGAUCCUCGUGCACAUGUGGGAGGAAGUAGGGAUGUCUACAAGGUUGCACGUGCCUCUGUGCUGAAUAACACUGGCACAUGGUUCCGUGUAGCGUACGUGCAACCGCCAAAUUUACUGCCCCUCUUAAGCAACUUUUAAACAGAAAUGCUGAAAAGUAACAGACGUCGCCUUUCUCCCUUCCUAAAGGGCUCUGCUGUUGCAGGUCGUGUCCCACUCUAUGAAGCACGGGCUACUCCAGAUUAGCUUCCCCAAACCACCCUGAUUGCUCGAGCAGUGCUUUAGGCUUCAUCACAGCAUUUAGAAAUCUUUCCUAGUUUGAGAACCAGGCUAGCAGCUGGCUUCGAAGCACCUCUUAGUAUCUGGGAGUAGUGGGGAAAAAUCCAAGCAGGAAGGCUGUAGGCAAGGUUAGAUAUCACUCAUGCGAAUAGGCCAAUGGCUUCUCUUUACACAGAGACAUUAAGUGCAGCAGCAAUGAAUUCUGAUCUUCCUCACCAAAUUAAACAGAGGGACAUUAGAAUAGGAAAGGAAUGCAGGCUUCCUUUAACAAAUAGGCAAAUACAUUUGUAUGGCUGUGUUUCCCCAUCCCCUGCUAACUCCUGGUGUUUGGUUGGAUCUUUGUUUAACAGGUAACAGUAGCUAAUCUUGGGACUAGAAUUCUGUGUAUUCAAUGCAGCGUAACCAAGCUCACACGGCUGGUGAUUUCAAUUAAACUCUUGACUUAUAAGGAUUGCUACUAAAAA